UCUGAGAUAGGAUAAGUGCUGCUAUCAUUUACAGGCACGAGAUAGCCUCAAGAAAAGCAAUUCUAAACUCCAUCCUUGAUGUUGCUUGCGUAAGAAAGGCUUGGAAACAGAAAAUUUAGGACCUUAGUUCCUUUGGAUUUCCAAGUGAAAACAGCUAUGGAAAAGCCUGGAGUGACUACUGAUUAUAAUACAGUAGCUUGUUUCCCUCCCUACGAUUAUUUGAAAAUUCAGUAGUGUGAACUUUUCUUUACAUGGUUGCUGGAAAGUUUUACAAUGUCAGCUGUGACGUUUGAACUGGAUACUCUGUCUUCCGAAGGCGAAAGCUUCAGACAGGAGCAGGCUUCCAGUUCUGACUUGACUUUAACCUGUCUGACUGACCUCUCCAGGACUUCUUGUCAACCGGAACUUCAGCACUCCGUGUCUGUCCCCACUGGAAUGAACAUAAGCAAAAGUGAAAUAACCAAAGAAACCCCGCUGAAACCGUCUCGGAGAUCCCUGCCCUGCCUGGCCCAGAGCUGCGCUCCUUGCAACAGCCUGAGCCAAUCUACCUCCCUCUUGCAGUCAACCGAGAAUGAGUCACAGGCUCCCACCUCUGUCACCUUCGUCUCUGCCAACAACACAGAGCAAGUUAACCCCGAGGAGAAUAACAAAGAGACUCUGCUGAAAUGUUCCUUUACCGACCUCAGUGACUUCUGCGUGGCCCUAGGAAAAGAUAAGGAUUACAUGGAUGAAUCAGAACAUGCUAAUUAUGACCGAUCUCGUCUCAUCAAUGACUUUGUUAUCAAAGGAAAGUGUGAAUCCAAGACCAAACUGUCCAAGAAUGACAUGAAUUACAUAGCAUCCAGUGGACUUCUGUUCAAAGAUGGCAAAAAGAGAAUUGAUUACAUCCUGGUUUAUAGAAAGACAAACAUACAGUAUGACAAGAGAAAUACAUUUGAGAAGAACCUCAGAGCAGAAGGGUUGAUGCUGGAGAAAGAGCCAGCUAUUGCGAACCCUGACAUCAUGUUUAUUAAAAUUCACAUUCCUUGGGACACGCUGUGCAAGUACGCCGAGAGGCUGAACAUCAGGAUGCCUUUCAGGAAAAAAUGCUAUUAUUCUGAUGGAAGGAACAAAUCAAUGGGCAGGGUACAGAAUUAUUUUAAAAGAAUCAAAAAGUGGAUGUCCCAAAACCCGAUGGUUCUCGACAAGUCAGCGUUCCCAGAGUUGGAGGAGUCUGAUUGUUAUACUGGGCCUUUCAGCCGAGCCCGGAUUCACCACUUCAUAAUAAACAAUAAGGACACCUUCUUCAGCAAUGCCACCCGGAGCAGGAUAGUCUACCACAUGCUGGAGCGCACCAAGUACGAAAAUGGGAUAUCCAAAGUGGGUAUCCAGAAACUUAUCAACAAUGGCUCGUAUAUAGCCGCGUUUCCCCCACAUGAGGGCGCCUACAAGAGCAGCCUGCCCAUCAAAACUCACGGCCCCCAGAACAACCGGCACCUGCUGUACGAGCGCUGGGCGCGCUGGGGCAUGUGGUACAAGCAUCAGCCGCUGGACUUGAUCAGGCUGUACUUUGGUGAGAAGAUCGGGCUGUACUUUGCAUGGCUGGGCUGGUACACUGGAAUGCUGAUUCCCGCGGCAGUUGUUGGCCUGUGCGUGUUCUUCUACGGACUGGUAACCAUGAAUGAAAGCCAAGUGAGCCAGGAGAUCUGCAAAGCCACGGACGUCUUCAUGUGCCCUCUAUGUGACAAGAACUGCUCACUGCAGAGGCUCAACGACAGCUGCAUCUACGCCAAGGUGACAUACUUGUUUGAUAAUGGAGGGACAGUCUUCUUUGCUAUUUUUAUGGCAAUAUGGGCUACUGUCUUCCUGGAGUUUUGGAAAAGGAGAAGAAGUAUACUGACCUAUACCUGGGACCUUAUUGAAUGGGAAGAAGAGGAGGAAACACUGCGUCCCCAGUUUGAAGCCAAGUAUUAUAAGAUGGAGAUCGUCAAUCCCAUCACAGGGAAGCCUGAGCCACACCAGCCUUCAUCAGACAAAAUCACCCGUCUUCUUGUGUCGGUCUCAGGAAUAUUCUUCAUGAUUUCCUUGGUGAUCACGGCGGUGUUUGCGGUGGUGGUGUACCGCCUGGUGGUCAUGGAGCAGUUCGCGUCCUUCAAGUGGAAUUUCAUCAAGCAGCACUGGCAGUUCGCCACUUCCGCUGCUGCCGUGUGCAUCAACUUCGUCAUCAUCAUGCUGCUGAAUCUCGCCUAUGAAAAAAUUGCUUACCUCCUCACUAAUUUAGAAUACCCGCGCACGGAGUCGGAAUGGGAGAACAGCUUCGCCCUGAAGAUGUUUCUUUUCCAGUUUGUCAACUUAAACAGUUCCAUCUUCUACAUUGCUUUCUUCUUGGGAAGAUUUGUAGGCCACCCAGGAAAAUACAAUAAGCUUUUUGACCGGUGGAGGCUGGAGGAAUGUCACCCCAGUGGCUGCUUGAUAGACCUCUGCCUGCAGAUGGGAGUCAUCAUGUUCCUGAAGCAAAUCUGGAACAACUUCAUGGAGCUGGGAUACCCGUUGAUCCAGAACUGGUGGUCGCGACAUAAAAUCAAGCGCGGAGUCCAAGAUGCUUCCAUACCCCAGUGGGAAAACGACUGGAACCUGCAGCCCAUGAAUAUCCACGGACUGAUGGAUGAGUACCUGGAGAUGGUUCUGCAGUUCGGGUUCACCACCAUCUUCGUGGCGGCCUUUCCACUGGCCCCGCUCCUGGCUCUGUUAAACAACAUCAUCGAGAUCAGGCUGGACGCCUACAAGUUUGUCACGCAGUGGCGGAGACCGCUGCCGGCCCGAGCGACCGACAUAGGUAUCUGGCUUGGCAUUCUGGAAGGAAUCGGCAUAUUAGCUGUGAUAACCAACGCGUUUGUCAUUGCUAUCACCUCGGACUACAUCCCGCGUUUUGUCUAUGAAUACAAAUACGGCCCGUGUGCGAAUCGUGUAGAACAGAACGAAAAUUGCUUAAAAGGAUACGUCAACAACAGCCUGUCCUUCUUCAACCUGAGUGAGCUCAGCAUAGGGAAAUCCGGCUACUGCAGAUACCGAGACUACCGAGGCCCCCCUUGGAGCUCCAAGCCCUAUGAGUUCACCCUCCAGUACUGGCACAUCCUGGCUGCCCGGCUGGCCUUUAUCAUCGUGUUUGAGCACCUUGUUUUUGGGAUUAAGUCUUUCAUCGCGUAUUUGAUUCCAGAUGUACCCAAAGGCCUCCAUGAGCGAAUACGGCGGGAGAAGUACUUGGUCCAAGAAAUGAUGUAUGAGGCCGAAUUGGAACAUUUGCAACAACAGCGGAGAAAAAGUGGUCAGCCUGUUCACCAUGAAUGGCCUUAGUUGCUAUCUGCAACCAGCAGGGGAGGUACUGCUAGUGUGAAGGAAUGUUGGCAACCUCCACUGGAGAGGGGACUUAGGAGGAAGACACACUGGGCAAAACAUAUGUAUAAUAGGCUCCCUGGACAAGCAUCCCAGCAAUCGCUGAGACUUGGAAUGGCCAGAUUUCUAAGGAAGGAUUUUAAAGGCAGCUUAACCUGACAUUGCUGAUCAGAGGCAGUGUAACAAAAAGGGUGGCAGUGAAGUUUCUGGAGACAGAUUUCCAUGGAAAUAUUGCAGCCAGGCAUGACUUAAAGUAUCCCAUGGUCACAUGCUAAUCUGACUUGGGAAGCUUCCAUUCAGUUGAGACGCUUGCAACAGAUGACGUAAAUCAGUUAUUGCCUUUGCUGCUGGAAUUCCAUGACCUUUCUGCUUUUAGGUUGCUAGGAACUGACCUUGUCUUAUAAGAGUAUGGAUCUUUGCCACAACAAAUUUAUGCUGCUUUACACCAACUAUGCAGUUGAAGAGUUGCACACCACCUUUCAUAGUCAAACCAAAAAUCUAAGAUUCCAAAAAGAAUGCCAUUCAUUGAAAUCAUACUGUAUUGCAUAGGCUACAGAGAAGUCUGUUUUCUUUCUGGCAAAGCCAGAUGCACUGCACAUUUUUAUACAUGAAUGGUGUUACUCGUAUCAUUUAGAACAUGACCAGUCCAUACUUUACUGCAGAAAGAUAUUUUAUAGUCUCUUUAGGUUUUCCCUCUCUGAGUUAUUACAAAUCUCACAGAAUGUUAUCUUGAAACGCUGUAAAUAUGUUGAUUUUCCUUGUUCUUUGCACCUUGACCAUUUGGAAUGCAAGAUUCAGUUUCUGCAACUCUGAGACCAGUUACCCAGUAUGCAAUUGCAAUAUGUUUAUUCAGAAAGCCUGAAGCCAGAUUGUCUACAACAUUUAUGCUUUUUCUACAAUGUGCUCUCUUAACGAUGAGCUCAUGCAAACAAUGCAUGUUGAUAGCUCUGUGGUUUGUAAAACACAAUACUUGAAUUUACUUUCUUUUUCAUCACUGAAAGACAAUUUCUAUUAUUGCUUCUUUAUACAUUGUUUUGUUUUUUAAUUGUCUGGAAGCAAAUUCAAAUUAAUUGUGAAGACAUAACUGCUCUUUUGUGAAAUUCCUAUUUCGAUGUCAACUCUGUCUGCUCACAGAUUGAUGGGGAAUUAAACUAAACCCAGUAUAGGAGCAGGGUAGGAAGGAAGGGAAAAGUUGAAGGAGAGGAAUGUAAGAUAAAAAA